AUGCAUAUAUUACUGAUCCAUGAGUUUCCCUAUCUAUCUAUCUAUCUAUCUAUCUAUCUAUCUAUCUAUCUAUCUAUUCAAAUAAUAACUGAACAUGAGUAUUUACCACUAAGCUUAUUAGCAGAUUUAUUCAAUCCACUGGUCGCUCUGGCAGAAAUGUCCAAGAUUAUCUAUCUAUCUAUCUAUCUAUCUGGAGAUCGUCAGUUACUUAUCUAUCUCAUAUAUCUCUUCAAUCCGCCAUCUUUUCCCUCUCUGAUUCUUUCUUCGUUUAAUUUCUCUCUUUUCCCCCUGAUCUUUUUUCUCUCUAACAUUAACCUUAAUUUCUCUAGUUUUUAUUCUCUUCUCUCUCUUUUUUAUAUUAAUCUCUCUUUCCCAUUUUCAAGCUUCUUAGACUUCAUUUAUUAUAAUUCAUCCAUUUUCUGUUUUUCAUUCUCUACCUUUUUUUCUCAUCAUUCUCUUACAAACCGUCAAAAUAUUUUUUCUCUCUCGAUCUCGAAUCUGCUGGGUGCACUUCCGGCCAAUAUGUCUUCCGUGCCCUUCGUCGCCAUCAGGAAUCGCUUCCGCGAGAGAGAUCCAUUGGCUCCGAUGGCUAGCAUUAGCACCGGAAAUAGCCGAAACGGGGCCCGGCCGUUGUUAUCCGUAGAUCACUAG